AUGACCACAAUUGUCUCGGACAGCAGUGACCCGGGAGGGAGCGAACCCAUUCUUACACCUUCAUCAUUAGCCUCUCCCAACAUCCCUCCGAAGCAGAAAAGCGUCCCCGAUGAAGAAGACGACUCGGGCAUGGCAUUGGCGAGAGGACGUUCACACACUCCCUUAUUAGCACACGACGACAAGCACGAAUACAGAGGACGACGCACAUCUCCCGCCUUUCCACGCAGCAUGGAGUCCUCCUUCCACACCACGCGCACGGCACGUUCCGUACAAACGCUGAGGAGCGUAAGCCCAACAUACGCCCAACCAGAGAACCUUACACGGCGGAAGUACUACUACGCCGGCUUCUUCCUCGUGGUCUCGCUUAUCUCUUUCGUCGUCCAGACCGAGACAGCUGUCUACAUCCAACACGAGCUACAUUGGGACAAGGCGUACUGUAUGCUAUGGCUAACUCACGGCUCGUGGAUAUUCCUGUGGCCGACACAAUUCAUCAUCCUGCGCAUUCAAAAACGGAAGAUUACAUUCGACAACUUCUGGCGACGGCAUAUUGAGAUUCUGCGGACGACGGCUCAGAUGGUGCAGUCGCAGUCUCUACAUCCGUCACCCACCACAACACCUACCAAUCCUUGGAUCUACAUGGCCAAAGCGACCGCCUUCAUCACCACCUUCCUGACUGUUGCUGGCGGAAGCUGGUACGUCGCAGUCAACCUUACAUCUCCUUCCGAUUUGACCGCCAUCUACAACUGCUCCGCCUUCUUCGCAUACGUCUUCUCGAUCCUCUUGCUACACGACAAGCUGCGACUGGACAAGAUGAUCUCCGUGUUCCUCGCCAUCAUCGGAGUACUUGUGGUGGCAUACGGGGAUGCAGAGGAGCCAAAACAUGGCAGCCACUCCGGUGGCGCGACAAACCCGAAUCAGGAUCCAGGAGACCUGCCACACUCCAAGCUCUUCGGGAAUCUUAUCAUUGGAAUCGGCAGCGUCAUGUACGGUCUCUACGAAGUGCUCUACAAGAAAUACGCGUGUCCGCCCGACGGCGUCAGUCCAAAUCGCGGCAUGAUGUUCGCCAAUACGUUCGGAAGUAUGGUUGGCCUCUUCACUCUCAGUGUGCUGUGGAUACCGCUUCCGUUCCUACAUUUCACUGGCAUCGAGCCAUUUGAGCUUCCUCGUGGGAAGACCGCCAUGCUGUUGAGUGUCAGCACACUUUCCAACGCUGUCUUCUCCGGCUCGUUCCUCAUCCUAAUGUCCUUAACCUCGCCAGUCCUUUCGUCCGUGGCGGCACUGCUUACUAUCUUCCUCGUUGCGGUCACAGAUUGGCUGAUCACCGGAAAGCCACUAUCAGGGGCUGCCAUUUUAGGAGGCGGACUGAUCAUCGUGGCAUUCAUCAUGUUGAGCUGGGCGACGUAUCGGGAGAUGAGUGAGGAGGCGGACAAGCGGGCUAAAGAGGAUGAGGGGAAGUACAUUGAUGAAGAGGAGGAGCUAAUGGGCGGUGCAGGAGUGAGAGAUGGGGAUGAAGAUGAGCUGGGGAGAGGGAGGCGGCGAAGUGAUGACAGCUAG